UAAAUUCCCCAAAUUCCAUUCCUCCACCGUCCGUCACUAUCAAUUUCUCCGCCUCAAUCAAACCAGAUCCGCCGCCGCCGAUCGCCCAUGUUUCUCUUGGACUGGUUUUACGGCGUUUUGGCAUCUCUUGGUUUAUGGCAGAAGGAGGCUAAGAUCUUGUUCCUCGGCCUCGAUAAUGCCGGAAAAACCACGCUCCUCCACAUGCUCAAGGAUGAGAGAUUAGUGCAGCAUCAGCCGACGCAGUAUCCGACGUCGGAGGAGCUCAGUAUUGGCAAAAUUAAGUUCAAAGCUUUCGAUUUAGGAGGUCAUCAGAUCGCUCGUAGAGUCUGGAAGGACUAUUACGCUAAGGUUGAUGCUGUAGUUUACUUAGUGGACGCCUAUGACAAGGAGCGUUUUGCAGAAUCGAAGAAAGAACUUGAUGCACUACUUUCUGAUGAGGCCCUUGCCACUGUCCCAUUUCUCGUUCUGGGAAACAAGAUUGACAUACCAUAUGCUGCAUCUGAAGAAGAAUUGCGUUAUCACCUUGGCUUGGAUGGUGUGACAACUGGAAAAGGGAAGGUUAAUCUUGAAGAUAGUAAUGUGCGCCGCCCUCUUGAGGUCUUCAUGUGCAGCAUUGUGCGCAAAAUGGGCUAUGGUGAUGGUUUCAAAUGGGUCUCACAAUAUAUUAAUUAGAGUUGUUACCAUGUAAAUGUCUAAUGGGUAUUGCCCAUAACUCUUAUUUCUUGAAGAAGAUGGGAAGAACUGCUCCUCAUCGAAAAGAUAAAAAAAUUUAAAUGGUAGAGUAUUAAUUUCUUUCA